UUAACCCAAGCAGUAGAAGAAGGUCUUAAACGCGUGCGUGCACAGCAGCAAACACGUUGUCUGCCAACCUAGCGUUGUGUUUGAAGAUUAUUACAAACCAAAUCAGUAUUUUACUCUUACUAAAAUGACCAAGGUAAAGAAAGAGAAGAGCGUCGCCGAGGAGGAGAGGGGAACCGAAAAAUCUUAUCAAGAGUUGAUUGCUAAUGUCAACCCAAUUGCUCAACCUCUGGCCUCAAAAAAACUUAGCAAGAAGCUUUACAAGUGCGUCAAAAAAGCAUCAAAACUGAAACAAAUUAGACGGGGAGUGAAAGAAGUCCAGAAGUUUAUAAACAAAGGAGAAAAAGGGAUUGUGGUGUUGGCUGGGGACACCUUGCCCAUUGAUGUGUACUGCCACCUACCAGUCAUGUGCGAAGACAGGAGUUUACCAUAUGCCUACAUUCCUUCCAAAGUGGACCUUGGCUCCUCUGCAGGAUCAAAACGACCAACUUGUGUCAUCAUGAUCAAACCACAUGACGAUUAUAAGGAAUCCUAUGAUGAAUGCAUGGAGGAGGUCUCAGCGCUACCCAAAGCUUGCUGAGGUCCUGUAUGUGUAUCAGGACAUGGACUGCUGAUAUUGGCUUUGAUAACACAUUCAGGCCCUUCCACUUUAUUCCUCCUCUUGUCUUGAGACAAGGCUUUACGUGGACAUUGUCACAAGUGAUUUCUGUGUACCCCCCCUUUUCACACCCCAGAUUUGUAACAUAGGCUUUUGGACCUUUGUUUUGUUUUACAAGGACUGUUCUUUGUUUAAAACAUUUUAAAAUCCAUGUGAAUGUUUUCCCACAUGGUAGUGGAACCUCAUUUAGUUUAUAAACAUUUGUUUGAAUAAUGGUAGAAAUUAGACUUUGAAAUGUUCUUUUAUUUAAGCUUAUUUAGGAUGGGCAAUAAGAGCCUGAACUGGUAAAGGUAAUCUGAUAAGUAAGGAUCAGAACACACUUAAUUAUGCAUUUUGAAAUUCAAUGGAGUUCAAAUAUGGAUUUCAAAAUAAAUAAGAACAUUUUUUACAUUGACACUCAA